CCUGCCCAUGCAGCACCCCAAGCCCUUCUACCCCACCGCAGCCCCCCAGGAAGGCUUCAGCCCCAGGGGCCUGGAGAGCACCGAGGGGCUGGGCAGCCAGCCAGCGCCCGCCUGCCCCGAGUCUGCUCCUGCCGUGGCCUCGAACCUCCUGUAUCAGCCCCUAAGCUCGGAGAAAGAGGCGUUUCCCGCCCCUCCAGCAGGCUUCCAGAUGGCGCCAUGCGGCUGCUUCUUCGACCCCCGCAUCUACCGAAUCGAGUGGGCCACCACCGACUUUGGCCAGUCGUCCCUGUACAAGCUGGCCGUGGCUGGGGGCCCCGCCUCGCCAGGCAGCUACCUCCUGGAGCCGCAGCGCUACCUCAAGGGCCCCGUGCCAGCCCCGCCACCGUACCCCCACUACCAGCCGGCGCCCGGGGGGUCCCAGUACCUCAUGCCCUACUUCCCCCCUGAGGGACCUGGGCCCGAGGCCCUGGGCUUUGUGGGCGAUGGGGGGCCCCCCGCCUUUGUGGACCUACCCCCGCCGCUGCUCAAGGAGAGCCUGGCGCCCCCCAAGGAGAGCAAGCUGCCCCCGCUGCUCGUCACGCUGCCCACCGAGGCCACCCUGCCCCCCAGCACCUACGGCCCCCUCAAGGGCCACCUCGGCCAAGUCCACGGGUCUGAGGGGGCCGCACGGCCCAGCGAGCCCCUGGCUGUCCCCACCAAGGAGCCGCAGGGUGGCAGUGGGGCCGUGCCCAGCCUGCCGCACGCCACGGGUCCCGGGGAGACCAAGGCCCCGGAGGCGGCGCGGGCCUUCGUGCUGCCGGACAAGGUGCUGCUAGAGGACGCCAUGAAGCUCUUCGACUGCCUGCCCGCCGGCGCGGAGCCCGAGGCCACCCCGCGCAAGCUGCCCAGGCCCGGCCUGCCCGACUGCGGGGGCGGGGGCGGCGGCGGCGACUCCUCCAGUGACAUCCGCUCCCUGCACCUGCCCGACGAGCUGCUGUCCUUCGACUACAGCGUGCCCGAGAUCCUGGACACCGUGUCCAACGUGGACUGCUUUUUCAACUUCAAGGCGCUUGACGAGGACCCGCCGCCCCGCCUGGGGCCCCCUGCUGCUGACCCUGCGGCCCCUGUCCUGAGGUCUGACCCCCCGGGGAAGAAGAAGGCUGCCUCUGCCGUCAGGAAGGGGAAGCUGGGUGGCAAGGGCAGGCAGGUGGCAGCCCCCGUGGGGCCGCGGCAGGACCUGGGAGUCACCCCCCAUUAAAAGUUUUGAUCUCUCA